UAAAUUUAUUUGUUCUAUUUUUCAAUCCGGUGGUUUCAUUAGUCAGUAAAUACGGGUUGAUAUGUGCAUACUUGUAGUUUCAUUGCGAAAAUAAAUAAUAUAUUAAAUAAAAAUUGGAAACACGAAUACAAAUCAAACCCCCUUGACAUUGAUGCGUCAGUGACGUUUAUGAUGGCAAUAGUUUUUGUCCGCCACUUGAAUAAGUUUUUGUAGAGAUGGCAAAAAACGGAAAAAGAAAACGAAAAAAGAAAGGAAAAGCCGGGGAAAAAGUCAUAUAAAAACUUAAGAAGGUGUGAAAUGUCAUUUUCUAGAUGCGAUCAUACAUUAUUAUUUUAUUUGCUAUUUCAAUUUCUUUAUUUAUUUGUACUAUUUAUUGCUGUCCAAAUGAGCCAACUGAAAUUCUGUUCAUUAUCAAAGCAUCUUAUUAUUUAUCCGAGUAUCAAUGGGAGUCUGUGAAAGCUUUACUUGGAAAAGUAUCUGGUUCCGUUAAUUUAGGACGCUCAAGCGAGGCAUCUCAAAUUGGAGUGUAUCUUUUUGAUAACUUAAACAUGCCAGUUCCGGUAAUAGGAUUGGGGACAUACGGAAGGAGCUCGGAUCUAAAAACUGCAGUCAGUAAAUUGAAAUUGUUGCCGUGUGGAACUUGGUGUGCGGAACAGACUCAAAAGACUGAUGCAGAGCAAAUAACUUCAAUCCUCACAAAGCAAGCGUUCACUCGCCCAGCAAAAAUUUUUAUCAUAACCUCCGAAUACAUCGACAGCUACAGCCUUCACACAUUAGUCACUACUGCAAAUAAUUUGGUUAUUCAGCAAGUGAUAAUACCACAAACUCCUGGUGUAGUCUCUUACGAUGCUCCAUACUACAACUAUUAUCGAGCAUAUUAUGACAAUUAUAGACGAUAUGCCAGUCGAAUGGAACAAGUAUAUCCAUAUAUGCACGUUGAAAUCCCAUCUGAUCAGUAUCAAUUUAUUCAGCAAGACACUCGCUAUGGUAAUUAUGACUACGAAAGCUGGCCUAGCAGUACUUGUUAUUCGUUGAUUGGAUGCCAAGAGUGUAUGACGUCACCAGCAAUCUUGCCCAGUGUAGACUCUACUGCUGAAACAGUACAAACUUCAGAAGCUACCGCUGAAAACUCAGAUUCUGGAACAAUUCACUCUGGAGACUCAAAGCAUACGGAAAAUAUUAUUGAUACAAAUAGAAAAUUAUCUGCGGAACUGGUCACUGAAAAAGCGAUUAUUCCAACAACUCCCCCAACAGAAGACUAUGAGUAUGAAAUAACAGGGGACCCGCCUGGAAUGAAAAUCGACAAAACACCCCUAUUGGACGAGGUAAAUGAGAAGUCUGUGAGCGACGAAGAUUUAAUAUAAGAAUGGUUUUUGUUCUUACCUGUUCCACAAUAAAUGAUAUGAUUGACA